AUGUCCUCUCAAUCUGCUGCUGGUGCCGCAAGCAAGGCGCUUGUACGCUGCACACGACGCAUCCGCGACCCUCUAAACUACCUUGCCAUGCAGCCGACGGAUCCUGACCAGGUCACCACCUCCAUCCGCACCACCGAUGCGGCCAUGGUGACGUGGUUUGUUCCCUUGCACAGUCUUCAGUACUGCCUGCACAAGCGGUACGAAGCAGAGCAGUUUGGCGAGAUGAUCUUGCCCAAAGGUAUGGCCGUCCCAGAGGCGAAGCCGUUGACGCCGACGGAGGAAAGGGUGAAGGCGGCGGUGGCACGGCGUGGGCCAUCGGUGGUGCCGCAGUUCAUGCGCAUGACGGCGCCGCGAUCGAGCGGGGCAGCUGACGCCGACGCCGCGGCCGCUGGUUCCCCGUCCGCGUCCUUGUCCUCGCGCCUAUCCUCUCCUCCAUCCCCAUCGGAAGGCGGCAAUCAGCUCAAUAACUACGUGAAUGAGGCUGGUGACACGGUGGUGCCGCUUGGGCUCGUCACGAUGAUCGUCGGCAACAACAUCCCUGCCAAGCAGUCAUGGCUAGAGCGCCUCGUUGACCCCGCGCCGCACCCGACGCUUUCGAUGCGAGUCAUGGUUGUCGACCGCAUUCACUGGCAGCGCACGAGCUGGCUGGCCGGAAGUAUCUGCAGCAGCCUCUGCUGGGGACGACUACCACAGCGCAUUUUCUCCAUCAACCUUGACUAUAAAAACCCCGUCUACAUCUCCGGUGGCAGCGCGGCAGACGCGGCGGCCGAGGAGAGUGCGCCGGUAUCCAGCAGGCAUGCCCGUCAGCCACUGGUGUUCGACACGGUGGCGCAGCGCUAUACUUCUCCCUUUCAAGUCGACGUUCCCGGCUUGAACUUUAGGUUGAAGAUCGAGGACACCGGCAAAACCCUCUUUGACACUUCCUCGCGGAUUGUGGACGGCUUCCUCGACAAUGAAAGUGCCCUGCACCGGCUGGCACUGUCGCGCGAGGUGAACAUGCUCGGACUCGGCGGCUCUGUGUACCGGCAAGCAUUGUGGAGCAGUCCGUCGCUACCGAACGUAGGCCGCAUCGUCAAGUGCGAGUUCGGCUCCCUCUUCGAGCGCUACUUUGGUUGCUCACCAGUGGGUGACCCCGUCGCGACGUGGCUAGUGGACGCGGUGGAGAAGACGCUGAUCUACCAGAUGGAGGGCGAGGUAGAGGACGAGAACGACCCGAACAGCGCCACGACGUAUGGCGACCGGUCCCUCACGGAGCGUGUGCAGAAAAAGGCGAUGAACCGGUACAACGGGUUCCGCGACGACAUCCGACGCAAGACGUACAGCGAGCUCGCCGGUGACGAGGUGCCGCGUUGA